AGCAGACGUCGCUGCAAUUGCAUGAGAGUGAGUGAUGACCCGAAAGAGAGGGAAUACACCACCUUAUACAUAUGAUCUUAAUAGCAAAGAAAUUCGAAGCGUCAUAGAAGUCUCGAAUUCGACAAAAGGAAGUAUAACUGAUAUUUCUGAUCAACCUACUGCAAAAGAAAUAAAUAUAGAAAAUGAAAAUAAAGCCACCGAAAAGUCAAGUAAUGAUAAUGGUGAUAAGACAGAACCCGAUGCUUUACCCAACAAAGAUGAACAAACCAGUGUACUUGGGUCCGAAAUUUCUGAACCUGGAGAAAGUUUUUCGCACGAAAAUAACGGCAAAGCUUCUGGUAGUUCUGAUCCUCCCAAGGACUUAGAUGAUGAUCUGAAGAUGAAUGAAAUUCAAAGCGUUUUAGAAGUCUCGAAUUUGACGGAAAAAAGUAUAACUGAUACUUCGGAGCAACCCAAUGGAAUACAACUAAAUGUAGAAGAUGAAAACAAAGCCACUGAAAAGUCAAGUAAUGAUAAUGGUGAUAAGACAGAACCCGAUGUUUUACCCAACAAAGAUGAACAAUCCAUUGCACUUGGGUCCGAAAUUUCUGCACCUGGAAAAAGUUUUUCGCACGAAAAAGACGGCAAAGCUUCUGGUAGUUCUGAUCCUCCCAAGGACUUAGAUGAUGAUCUGAAGAUGAAUGAAAUUCAAAGCGUUUUAGAAGUCUCGAAUUUGACGGAAACAAGUAUAACUGAUACUUCGGAGCAACCCAAUGGAAUACAACUGAAUUUAGAAGAUGAAAACAAAGCCAUUUCAGCCGAAAAGUCAAGUAAUGAUGAUGGUUAUAAGACAGAACCCGAUGUUUUACCCAACAAAAAUGAACAAUCCAUUGUACUUGGGUCCGAAAUUUCUGAACCUGGGAAAAGUUUUUUGCAAGAAAAAGACGGCAAAGCUCCCGGUAGUUCUGCCCCACCCAAGGACUUAGAUGAUGAUCUGAAGAUGAAUAAAAUUCUAAGCGUUUUAGAAGUCUCGAAUUUGACGGAAACAAGUAUAACUGAUACUUCGGAGCAACCCAAUGGAAUACAACUAAAUGUAGAAGAUGAAAACAAAGCCAAUGAUCUGAAGAUGAAUGAAAUUCAAAGCGUUUUAGAAGUCUCGAAUUUGACGGAAACAAGUAUAACUGAUACUUCGGAGCAACCCAAUGGAAUACAACUGAAUUUAGAAGAUGAAAACAAUGCCACUGAAAAGUCAAGUAAUGAUAAUGGUUAUAAGACAGAACCCGAUGUUUUACCCAACAAAGAUGAACAAUCCAUUGUACUUGGGUCCGAAAUUUCUGAACCUGUGAAAAGUUUUUCGCAAGAAAAAGACGGCAAAGCUCCCGGUAGUUCUGCCCCACCCAAGGACUUUGAUGAUGAUCUAAAGAUGAAUAAAAUUCAAAGCGUUUUAGAAGUCUCGAAUUUGACGAAAAAAAGUAUAACUGAUACUUCGGAGCAACCCAAUGGAAUACAACUAAAUGUAAAAUAUGAAAACAAAGCCACUGAAAAGUCAAGUAAUGAUAAUGGUGAUAAGACAGAACCCGAUGUUUUACCCAGCAAAGAUGAACAAUCCAUUGGGUCCGAAAUUUCUGAACCUGGGAAAAGUUUUUUGCAAGAAAAAGACGGCAAAGCUCCUGGUAGUUCUGAUUCUCCCGAGGACUUAGAUGAUGAUCUGAAGAUGAACAAAAUUCGAAGCGUUUUAGAAGUCUCGAAUUUGACGGAAACAAGUAUAACUGAUACUUCGGAGCAACCCAAUGGAAUACUACUAAAUGUAGAAGAUGAAAACAAAGCCACUGAAAAGUCAAGUAAUGAUAAUGGUGAUAAGACAGAACCCGAUGUUUUACCCAGCAAAGAUGAACAAUCCAUUGGGUCCGAAAUUUCUGAACCUGGGAAAAGUUUUUUGCAAGAAAAAGACGGCAAAGCUCCUGGUGGAUCUGCUCCUCCCAAGGACUUACAUGUAAAUCAAUGUUAUUUUUAA